AUGUCGACGACAAAUGGAGGUCACCCUGGUCUGUCGUUUGGAGGAGGCAUGAACAAUGGCAUCCGUCAAGGUAGAGCCGCAGCUCAGGGUUACCCACCACAACCACCCACCAAGACGGUCAACACAGCCGUCCUCCCACAACACUCGGCGCCCUUCCAGCACUUCCCCUCCCAUCAGGCCCAGUCCAGCACAUUUUCGCAACUCUUCUCAGCACCAUCCAACCCGUCGCCUGUCCACAAUGCCGUCCAGAACGGCGGGAGCAGACCCCAACAAGCCCAGGCCCAGCUGCCUGUCCCGAGCUCGCGCUCGCGGGGCACCCCCCAGCAUCGACAGAUGACGCCUCAACCCAACGGCAAUCCCCUCGGCUACAUACCGACCACGAUGCCCCAGCAGCACCUAGCUGCCCAGCCUAUCAACCAGGCGCCCAUGAAUCAGCAGCCGAUGGGGCAGCAGCCUCUCGGGCAGCCGGCCAUGAAUCAGCAGCAGGCCCUCAAUCAGCAGGCGAUCAGCCAGCAGGCUAUCAACCACCAACAGGCCAUGUCUCAGGACAGCUCUAUCAUGUCCCAGUCUCCUGCCUCGCAUCCCCAUCCGGCCGUGACACCUCAACCGCCGGCGCAAACACAACCCAAGACCCCUCAGCCCCCGCCACAGGCCCAGCAGCAGCCACUGCAUGCAGAUGCCUCCGCCCAGCUUUCCGAACAUCAGACAGACGAGACUAUGGAGAUGGAGAGUCAGACCGAGGCUGGGGAUGGUGAAGAUGGUGGGGCCGAUGGCAAGAAUCCCGACAACGGAACCCCAUACUCCGAAAACCCUGCUGUCCCGCUGCUGCCCCGGGAUAUCUACAAUGCGCGGGCAGCCAUCAGCCGCAACCCUGCAAAGGUCACCGAUGGGCUGGCCGAGGACCGACCCGCAAUAUACAGCAAACCCCGCCCGAGCGCGCAGGAGCGAAUCAUCACGGACCUUCGCAAAGAGAUCGCCAAAGUGAAUGAAGAGCUGGAACAGUUGAAGCAAGGCAAUCAGAAAAAGAUCGAAGAGCUGGAAGAGAAGGUACGCGACAAGGACAAGCAGAUCAAGAAAUACGAGAUGUUUGUCGACAUUUGCAACGAGCGCGUCAUGUUUCAAAGGGAAAAGCUCAAGGGGCUCGACGACAACAGCAGCGCCGGCAACGGGUCGUAACACAUAGUAGAACGAGGCUGCGCAAAAUCUCCUCCUCUUCUUCUUUUACCAGUACUACUUCUUCUCCAUCUUUUUGACGACGCUCACGGGUUUUACGCACGACGGGUUCUGGGAGGGGUUUGUAAACGGGUACAUCGGCAGGACAACUCGGUGAUGGUGGUGGUGGUGGUGGUGGCAGCGGUGUUCUUCUACCCGCGAAAGGGAAGUGAGGUUAUGGCGUUAUAGGUGUUUGCUCUAUGUGUAAACCAAAUAGCUUAGGAAGAGGAAGGCAGGGCUAAGUUUUGUGUUGGGAUUGUUGUCUGUGGGAUGGAUUACCUACCUUGCCACAUGCUUUAGAGACAUGAAAAGAAAAGAAAAGAAAAGAAAAGAAGAGUCGAGAUCUGGGUGAAACCGGGCAAUCUUUGAACC